AUGUCACUAAAAACCAGCAAAGUACCUCAGAAAUGGAAAUUCGCUAAUUUAUUACCACUCCCUAAAGAAUCACCAUUAAAUUCGUGUAACCAGUUAAGACCAAUCUCUCUGACGGACAUCAUCAUGAGACUAUUCGAGAAGUGCGUGUAUAAAUCUGAAAUCGAACCUAUCACAAGAAAUAACAUUGGUCCUGACCAAUUUGCUUAUAAAAAGGGUCAAAACUCGACUAUGGCUCUGAUUAAAUCCCAACAUCAAUGGCUAGAGUGGCUGGAUAAAAACGCUAAUUAUGUUAGAGUGCUGUCGUUCGAUUUCAGCAAAGCAUUUGACAGUGUGCCCCACGAUCUUUUGUUUGAAAAAGUUAAAAAGCUACCCAUUAAUCCGUAUGUGGUGAACUGGUUAAUUAGCUUUCUAGAAAAUAGAAUACAAAGAGUAAUGGUUGAUGGAAUGGUUACAGAAUAUUUAUAUAUUAAUCGUGGUGUCCCUCAAAGUACUGUUUUAGGCCCAGUUCUUUUCUCAAUAAUGGUUGAUGAUAUUAAAACUGCUGAUCCUAGUAAUGCGUUAGUCAAAUUUGCUGACGAUUUGACGUUAGGAGUGCCUGGUAACGAAAGUGGUGACACAUCUCGAUCUGAAGCUGCCUGUUUACAGGAUUGGGCGGAAGAGAAUAGAAUGCCCUUAAACUUGGAAAAAACGUACGAAAUGGUUGUUCGCAGACACACCUCUGUAGUUUUGCCCGAGCUUAUCCCGUCAAUUAAGCGAAAAACAUGGCUAAAGCUUUUAGGAGUUACUCUACAAGAUAACCCGUGCAACUGGGAUUUGCACUUUGAAGAAAUGCUCAAAAAAGCAAGUUGA